AGAGACAGUCUUACGGAUCGGAGCUAUUUCCUGUUUCCGUUUCGAGAAUGUGAGGUAGCUUUUGUAGUCAAAGAAGAGAUUGUAUCUGCUGCUGUAGUCAUGAAUUUUAGAGUAAGAGCUGCAACAAAAGAAGACUGCAAAGACAUAUCGAGGAUGAUAAUGGAGCUGGCGGUUUAUGAAAAAAUGCCUGACCAAGUGGAGAUCUCUUAUAAAGAAUUGGAGCGCGAUGGUUUCUGCCAGAAUCCCUUUUUUGAAUGCCUGGUUGCAGAAGUUCCCGAGGAGCACAAAUCUAACGAAGGAUUUACAGUCGUGGGAUAUGCGCUGUACUUUUACACCUACAGUACGUGGAGAGGACGAUCAGUAUAUCUGGAAGACCUGUAUGUGAUGCCAGAAUUCAGAGGAAAUGGCAUUGGCAAGGGUUUAUUGUGCAAAGUUGCUGAGGUGGGAAAAAAGGAGGAGUGCGUGCGGCUGCAGCUGUCGGUGCUCGACUGGAACACUCCUUCUCGAGACUUCUACGCUGCUAAAGGAGCUCAGGAUCUCACUGUCAGCGAAGGCUGGCACUUCAUACGCUUUGAUGGACAAAACCUGGACAAUUUAGCAAAUGAGGCUCCUAAAGAUUAGAUGUAUAAAAAGAAACACUUAGCUGUUUCCUACUAUAAUUUUGUACCUAUGAAUAAGUUAAUGUAAUCCACCUUUAAUUUAUCCAUGUCUUCAACAACAGAUUGUUGUAAUAUAAAACAUUAAGUAGCUGAUUUAAUGAGGACAGCCAUUAUUAACAUAACAUUGUAUUCAAAAAUCUUUGCUGUUAUCAUUUUGCUGCCUUGGAUUUAAAUGUGUUGACUUGAUUUCCUUAUAGUAUAUAUGUGUAUACAGUCGGGGAGAAUCAGACACCAACAAGCAGCACUGAUUUUUAUUGAUGGUCCAUUAGAAACUGAAGCUCCAGCGCAUGUGUUAAAAAAAAAGCAAUUUCUUUAGAAGCACUGUGUUUAAAGAUGUUAUAGGAGUGAGACUUACUGAUUAUUUAAUUUUUGUUUGGGAUAAAUAAAGUAUUUUUGAAUUUAAA